AGCCCCGGGGUUGUAAACCGCCGGAAUUGCAGCAGGAUGGGGAGGACCCGCGUGAUAAAAAUCACUGCUAUCAGGGGGUGUUCCAACACAGCCUCGGUGACAAUAAAAAUGAUGAUGGCUGGGUUAGUUUGGGAGAAGAUGAACAGUAUUCCAAGUGAAUCAGGCAUUUUGAUGAGCCAGUUGGAUACUGUGGAGACAGGGAUCUGUCAAAUUCAGAACACAUUGAUUUUCUGUCAGUUUUUUUGGAUGAGGAAUUCUGGACCCUCAUCACAACUGAAACUAACUGAUAUGCCCACCAGUAUUUAGAGAGGGAGGAACUGAAAUCUAGCUCCAGAUAUAAUGACUGGUAUGAUGUAACUGUCCCAGAAAUGAAAGCGUUCAUUGCCAUUCAGUUCUGCAUGGGGCUUGUGGGAAAGCCUGAGAUUGAGUUGGCUCUUUUCUGGUAGAGAACCAAGGUCUCAGAUUUGGAGGUGCUGAUCCUAAUCCCAGCCGCUUCACACUGGGCUGCGAACCUACCCAGCAAGAGCUGAAGGUCAGAGCUGGAUGAAGCUAGGAGGACCACAUCAUCCGCAAAAAGCAGAGACGAGAUUCUCCUGCCACCAAACUCGACACACUCUACACCACGGCUGCGCCUAGAAAUUCUGUCCAUAAAGGUAAUGAACAGAACAGGUGACAAAGGGCAGCCCUGGCGGACUCCAACCCUCACCGGGAACAGGUCAGACUUACUACCGGCUAUGCGGACCAAAAUCAUGCUCCUCUGGUAAAGGGACUGAAUGGCCCUUAACAGAAAGCCACCCACCCCAUACUCCUGGAACGUCCUCCACAGGGUGCCCCUGGGGACACGGUCAUAAGCCUUCUCCAAAUCCACAAAACACAUGUGGAUUGGUUGGGCAAACUCCCAUGCCCCCUCCAUCACCCUUGCAAGGGUAUAGAGCUGGUCCACAGUUCCAUGGCCAGGACGAAAACCAUAUUGCUCUUCCUCAAUCUGAGAUUCAACUAUCGAUCAGACUCUCCUCUCCAGUACCUUGGAGUAGACCCUUCCAUGGAGGCUGAGGAGUGUGAUCCCCCUAUAGUUGGAACACACCCUCAGGUCACCCUUCUUAAAGAUGAGGACCACCACCCCGGUCUGCCACUCCACAGGAACUGCCCCCGAUGACCACGCAAUGUUGCAGAGACGUGUCAACCACGACAGCCCUACAACAUCCAUAGCCUUGAGAUACCCAGGACGAAUCUCAUCCGUCCCUGGGGCUCCACCGCUGUGUAGUUGUUUGACUACCUCAGCAACUUCUGCCCCCGAGAUUGGACAGUCCAUCCCCAGGGCUCCCAGCUCUGGUUCCUCCUCAGAAUGCGCGUAGGUGGGAUUGAGGAACUCCUCAAAGUAUUCCUUCCACCGUCCCACUAUAGCCCUAGUUGACGGCAGCAGCUCCCCAUCCCCUUUGUAAAAAGUGUGAGCGAGUUGCUGCCUUCCUCUCCUGAGGCGCCGAAUAGUUUGCCAGACCCUCUUUGGAGCUGAUCGAUAGUCUUUCUCCAUGGCCUCACCAAAUUCCUCCCACGCCCGAGAUUUUGCCUCGGCAACUGCCACUGCUGCAUCCCGCUCGGCUAUCCGGUACCUGUCUGCUGCCUCCAGAGACCCACAGACCAGCCACGCCCUGUAGGCCUCCUUCUUCAGCCUGGCGGCUCCCCGAACCUCUGAUGUCCACCAGCGGGUACGGGGGUUGCCACCACGACUGGCAUCGGUCACCUAGCGACCAUAGCUAGCAACAGCCGCCUCAACAAGGCCCACUCGGAGUCAAUGUCCCCCACUGCUCUUGGGAUGCGGUCAAAGCUCUGCCGGAGCUGGGAGUUGAAGACCGUCUUGUCAGGUUCUUCUGCCAGGCGUUCCCAGCAGACCCCCACUAUGCGUUUGGGUCUGCCGGGUCUACGUGGCAUCUUCCCCUGCCAUCUGAUCCAACUCACCACCAGGUGGUGAUCAGUUGACAGCUCCGCUCCUCUCUUCACUUGGGUGUCCAAAACAUAUGGCCACAGGUCAGAUGAUACGACUACAAAGUCUAUCAUUGACCUGCGACCUAGGCUGCCCUGGUACCAAGUGUACCGAUGGGCAUCCUUAUGUUCGAACAUGGUGUUCGUUGUGGCCAAACUGCGGCUUGCACAGAAGUCCAAUAACGAAACACCAGUCGAGUUCAGAUCAGGCAGGCCGUUCCUCCCAAUCACACCCCUCCACGUCAUGCUGUCAUUGCCCACGUGAGCAUUGAAGUCCCCCAGCAGGACAAUGGAGUACACUGAUAGAGGACUAUCUAGCACUCGUCCCAGGGACUCCAAAAAGGGUGGGUACUCUGAACUGAUAUUUUGCGCAUAAGCACAAACAACAGUCAGGACCCGUUCCCCGACCUGAAGGCACAGGGAAGCUACCCUCUCGUCCCCCGGGGUAAACCCCAACACACAGGCAGAGAGUCUUGGGACUAACAAAAAGCCAACCCCAACCCUCUGCCUCUCACCCAGAGCAACUCCAGCAAAGGAGAGUGUCCAACCCCUCUCAAGGACUUGGGUUCCAUAGCCAAUGCUAUGUGUCGAGGUGAGUCCAUCUAUAUCUAGAAGGUACCGCUCAACCUCUGCCACAAGCUCCUACUCCUUCCCCGCCAGAGAGGUGACGUUCCAUAUCCCAAAAACCAGUUUCCUUGUCCGGGGAUCGGAUUGCCAAGGCUCUGUCACCCGAUCCACACUGCACUGGACCCUUCAUGUUCCUCCUGCGGGUGGUGGGUCCACAGUUGGAUGAGCCCAUGUAUCCGGUUCUGGCUGGGCCCGGCCGGACCCCAUGGGCGAAAGCCCAGCCACCAGGGGCUCGCUCAUGGGCCCCAACCCCAGGCCUGGCUUCAGGGUGGGACCCGGUAACCCUCCAGACUGGGUACUCCGACUCUUUGAUUGUAAAUCCAUGAAAGAUCCUCUGAACCGUUCAUUGUCUCACCCUUCACCUAAGACCAAUUUGUCAUGGGAGACCCUACCAGGGGCACAAAGUGCCCCAGACAACAUAGCUCCUAGGAUCAUUAGGGCACUCAAACUCCUCCACCACAAUAAGGUGAUGGUUCAAGGAGGAGCAGUAAAACCAAUAAAUUAAAUGUUUUGUCAAAAAAAGCAAAAUGUAAUCGACCCCAAAAUGACCCCAAAGCAUAAAAUCCUACAAAAACCACAUCCAAUCCAGUGCUGGUUCCCUUUCUUAAAGUGACAAUGUGUAGUUUUUAUCAUUAAUCUCUGAAAUAUCCACUGAAAUGUUACUGGCACCUUUGUACCAUAUAACCAUAGAAACUGGGUCUAAAGUACAUAGGGCAUGGGUCUAGUGCAGAGCUGGGCCAUCCUGGUCCUUGAGGGCUGCUAUCCAGCAGGUUUUAGUUGUUUACCUGCUCCAACACACCUGCUUCCUGGAUGAGUCACCUGUUAAGCAGUUCAUCAGGCUCUGCAGCAGCCUGUUAAUCACCAGUCCAUUCAAACCAGGUGUGUUUAAGCAGAGAAACAACUAAAACCUGCUGGAUAGCGGGCCUUGAGGACCAAGAUUGUCCACCCCUGGCUUAGUUUCUUUGGGGACACCAUAUUUUCUUCUGGCCUGCUUGGUGUCCUGGACCUGUCAAUGACAUCCAUCCAUCCAUCUUCUGAACCCGCUUAGUCCACGUAGGGCAGGGAUGUCAAACUCAAACUCACACGGGGCCGAAAUGAAACUCUGGGACGGAGUCGAGGGCCAAACUUAAUAUUUUUUGAAAAAGUGACGGCAAAUUUGCACAUUUUCUUUAUCAACAUAUAUGCGAUUUUAACCUUUAAAUUUGGAAACAAACUUAUUUCUGCAUUAACACUGAAUGUGGAAUAACCAAAUUACACACGAGCAAGUCAGUUUUAAAUAAAAGGCAUCAGUGGUAUUCAUUACUUGUGGUAUAAUCAACAUUUUUAAAAUCUUUAAAUCUUUUAAAUCUUUUCUCACGGACCAACAACAAAAUAAAAAUAUCAUUUUAUCUUAAAUGAAAAUGCAACAUCUCACCUGUUAUCUUUCAUGUUUUGGAGCAGAAAAAGAGCAUAUUUAAAGCUCAGUUUGCUCCACUGGUUUACUGUGAUGCUCACCUGUUCCAGCCAGAUACCUGCAUCAUGGGGUUGAUCUGAGCUGAUUUUUUUCAUCUUCAUCAUAAUAAUGACAACAUUAGAUGACAACAGGUGCUCACAUAGGUUUGUGCUGAUGAACAUGUCUGAGCAGCUUGACCACGUUGUUGUGUGUCGGGGAGGAAACACAACCACAGAGUUGUGCUGGUUUGAGCGUGUCGCUGCUCGCUGGAGUUAUAUCAGCUCUGUCUGGAAGUUAGUCGGAAAACUUUCUCUUUCAGUCGUGAACACAUUACUGAGCGGCUAGAAUCUCCGUUUCUGGGCUUCAACGUCAGAAAAUAGCUGAGUGAACUCGGCGCUGAGUGAGAGGAGUGUAGUUUGUCCGAGACAGCGGAGCUGCAGACACCGGCAGCAGGCGCUGGAAAAAACACAAAGGAGGGGGCGCGUCGGCUCUGCGCUGACGCCGCAAAGCAUCAUGGGAGUUGAAGUCUUUGCGGUAAAAUCGGCCAGAGGGCCAGUUUUAAUAUAUUUUUGAUAUUUAUCUUGCGGGCCACAAAAAAAUGCUCUGCGGGCUGCAUCUGGCCCGCGGGCCUUGAGUGUGACAUAUGUGACGUAGGGUCACGGGGGGCUGGUGCCUAUCUCCAGCAGUCAACGGGCAAUUAGGCGGGCUACACCCUGGACAGAGAUCCAGUCCAUCGCAGGGCAACAGAUUAUUGGCUGAGUCCACACAUAGCCAAAAAGAAAAUGUCUCAAGGGAAAAGCUGAAAAGGCUAUAGCCACGAGGUUCUGGACAGACUUAAUGCUCUUUUAUGUUCUGGAUGAACCUGUGACCCGCUGCCACACGGACUGGAACAACAAAUGCUCCCGCAGUGACGUGAGUUGCGGUGAGGUUCAUGACGAGGCACUGAGCAGACGUCUUACAUAAUCCAGAAUAUAAGUUAAUAUUUUAAUUUAACCUUGAAUGAAACUUGUUGUUAUAAAACAUCUUAUAUGCUUUAACCAGGGAGGAGGCAGCACUAAUCUCUGCCUUCUUUAUGAGGGUGUAGCCCUGGAGUUGGUGCAGCAUGUGCUCUGAAUCAGUGUGAGUAUGCGGCAAAACUCCAUGAGAGCGAAGGCCACUCUGUCACUGCCUGCCAUUAUUGGCGCUAUUUCAACCAAAGUUGUAAAAUCACUCACUCCCACAAGUGCUCAUGUGCACCCGUAGGUCUACUGGAAUGGGUCUGUGACCUAUGACAGAUGCACUCUGAACUCCAGCUCUUCAGUGCGCUGUUAAUAAAGUGACGCAUCGAGAAUGCUAUUGUGCUAAUAUAAUAAUGCUAUAAUGCUCCGAUGGGAAUCUUUUCUUGAUUGAUUAACCUCCAUGACAUUCUCUGUUUACAAUGUCUGCACACCUGCAUGAGACAGGCAAACUUUUUUUAUGGCAGGUCUUAAAGCGGUAAGAAUUUUUGAACCAGGCUGUAAACAUGCUUAUUUCUGCUGUGAAAGUGGUAUUUUUAACAUGGGAGUCAAUGAGGAUUUGCUCUCUCCUGGUGCCAGCCCCUACAGGAUGAGGGUGGAGCUGCAAUUUUAGCCACUUUCGUGUUGGCUUCCAAGACGGCAGACCAAAAUGGCUCCUUGCUAAAGACAACUCAUUUAAGGAGAUGGUAAAUCAUAAGUAAAAUAAAGAAACAGGAUAAACUAGAUGUUAGGCACACACUCUCUGUCUCACUCCCUCUCACACACGCACGCACGCACGCACACAAUUUAAGGAGCAAAACAUGUAAAAGUCUAAAUGUAAACAUGGCAAUAAGACUAAUAUGAACCAUAAACUGAAAUAUAAAGUAAACAUAACAGAAAUGUAAACAGUCACAUGUUGAGGUAUCAGGAAUAACUAGUUAAAUGGCUCAGGGGGUACACAAGUAAAAAAAAGGUUGGGAAAUAGGGUUGGUUAGCCGUUACGGUUGUUUUCACAAGAGGCAAUUUGUUUAUUUGUUUGCCCACGAGUUAGUUUGUUAACAACAAAUAUUGAUUAUUUAGUAUUUAGAAAAUGAAAGUGAUGGGGAUAAAUGGAUCAUGCGGCCUCUGGCAGCGAGCAAAUGCUCCCUCCUCAGAGUGUGUCUAAAUGCAGCAGCGAUUCAUUUAACUUCCUAAUAAACUCACAAAAUAAAGAAACCCAGUAGUCCAUGCUCAGAAGAAAAACAUUUUGCUUAAAUAAAAUAUCACGAUGGUGGGCACCACAGGGAAGCAAGGACGAGGCUUCUUUCAUACACUUUAACCCUGUUUAAUGCGAGCUGUUCAUACAUCACUCUACCAGACAAAUACAAAAUUAAACAAAAAGAAAAAUCUAAAUUUCUCUUCCAGCAAACAUAUGCGCUGCGCUUGUAUAAAAAAAAUCAAUGUUUUGGGCUUCUUCUGUGUUCGCAAAUCAGGCCGUGCGUCAUGAUGUCACAAGCACAAAUUUAUUGGCCAUCGUCUUUUUUCAGAGUGACGAUUAGCGGUGGGAAGGAAUAUGCAAAUCGCCCAACUGGGAAACGCUUACCUAGACAAUGCUGAAAGUAUUCCAUUCAGUCCAACAGAUAACUCAAUGAUUCUGUUUGUGUGUGUGUGUGCGUGCGUGCAUGUGUGUGUGUGUGUGUGUGUGUGUGUUGGAGGGGAUGUGUGUCCGACUAGUGAGUCGGGAAACAGAUGUUUCUCCUGAAACCCAGAACAGGAGCAUGGGCUAGAUGAAAGGUUUGUGUGUUUAAUUUCCUAACGGCAUCAAGGAGAUUUUCUCUGACACCGGCUCAUUGAUAUUUGAUUCACGUUUACCCUCUUUUUGAAUAUUGAUUCUGGAGCUGGAGGAGUGAGUCAUACUAGGUCAGAUAGUCCGGAGUCAUUCCAGGAGGAGAGCCAAGGCUGAUGGAAGUUGUGCCAACAGUUGCAUCCACGGUGAUGAUGCUCAUAGACCUCGGUCAGUUUAUCUUUGUUUUCGUUCACGAUUUUUCAAACAGGUUCAAAUUAAAUCAACUGGACUUCUUUUGUAUUUGAAGAUGUUUCACUUCUAAUCCGAGGAGCUUUGUCAGGUCUGACUGGAAUAUGGGAGAGUUAAGCUUAUAAGCUGUAGCUGUCUACUGUUGCUGAACGAGCAGAAACUACUCUGAGCACCCCUCCCCUCUACCCCCUUAUGAGUCGUUGGCCUCUAUUGAGAGUGAGAUGUUGAUGAUUAGAUGCAGGAGGGUGUUGAUUAAGCCUGAGGCACACAGAUGACAGAUGCACUGCACCACGUCACGCCGGCGCAGCCAUUUAAAAAAAAAUCCAUUAUAGUCACUAAGAGUGGCUACACGGGGAGCGUAGACUGAAACUGCUUAGGAGUGAGAUCUCUGUUGCACUGUUAAUAAAAAACAGAAAAUCUCAAAUAGAUACCCCAAAAAUGUAAUAAACUGGUACUGUAAAAGAGUAAACACUACAGGCCUUCCAUUUCGUAUACCACAGCCUGUAUUUUGUUGUGGUGGGUUGUGUUCUGGUGACAAGCAAAGCUUUGGAGUGCAGGAUGCUGAGCCUGACAUGUGGUUGGUGAAGGACUUUUGAUCUCCAUGCUGCUUUGUUUGGGUCACUCAUGUGCGUGUGGUGUUACGACCCUUCUUGGGGGGUUUGGCUCGUGUGUACAAAGAAAGACCCAAUAAUUUAAAAUGAUGAUCAGGUUUAUUUACAAAGCAAAUUUAAAUACAUCAAUAAUAAAAUAACUAAAGAUGUCCCACUAAAAUCGAACAAAAACUACCAGGUUCUUAAAGACUAAAAUUAGGAUCUCAAAAAGGUACAAACUCAAAACUGGGUGGUUUAACCAAACUCAAGGUGAUAUUUUAAACAAAACAAAAACCCACAGCACUCUCAAGGUAACCAAAAGGGAGAUCUACUCCACACAAAAGAUCAACUCUAAACCAAAACGUAACCGCAUAUCCAAACACAAGAAGAUGUUAGCAAAUAUGCUAACUCUAGCUUUACCAACAUUAAGCUCAAGUUGGCAAGUUUAAACAAACCAUAAAGACCCAGCAAACGGACCAGUGGGGGAGGAGAGACUUCUACAACAAAAGCAGCUCUCCACGAAUCUCUGAAAGAAGCUCCCUUAUGAAGGGAGAAACGCUAAUCCCAGUGAUUACCUUGUUGUCUGUUGCCGGGCGAUGGAGGCGGGCCAAACGAAAGGGAAUCUGGUAGCAGAUAGGGAUGUGUAUUGGUGAAAAUCUGGCAAUACGAUAUGUAUCACGAUACAGGGGAGACGAUACAGUGUAUCAUGGUAUAAUGAUACGUUCAGUCAGACGUUAUUAACGAUGUAUUUUUCACUGAAUUAAUUGUAGAAAUAUUCAAUAAACAGUUCAAACUGAUACUUAACACGUUUAACAUGAGGUAUCUGAUUUACAUUUCAAUGGUGGAAACAAAACCCACUGCACACGGCUACCAACUAGCAGUCGGCGUUUGAAUUGCGCCGAAACAAAAGAAAAUACACAAAUGUUUUCAUGUAAAUUCUAUUAGAUAAAUGGCUUUUAAAUAUUGAUGUAAUAUGGCAGGAAAAAACAUCAGAAUAUAUUGCCAUAUCAAUAUUUCCUUACAUCCCUAGUAGCAGACAUUGUUCUGGGUCUUCGGCAUUUGGCGGAGGUGGAGGUGGAGAAGAAGGCGAACUAGAAGGAAAGCAGGCAGAAUCCUCUAUUCAUGGACCCCUGGGGACCCAGCGUGAUGCGUUGACUAUUGGAUUUGAUGUUGACAGUUUUUUUUUAAUUCAGUCAUCGACGUCCCUGACCCAUCACUACAGCACUAGUGUGUGUGUGUGAUAUCUACUGCCGGAUUUUGUACUAAGAAAAUUAAAUAUCCUUGUUCGUUUCUGUGCUGAUGAUUGUUAUCGUGUGUCGUUCCACAGAUGUGGAAUGACCUACCAAGUAUGACCAGAACAGUCGAUUUUCAAGAAACUCCUGAAGACCCAGCUCUUCAAAGAGCAUCUUCUAAACUAGGACCCUCCCAGCACCCAUCCCCCACUCUACCGCACACUCCAUGUUGGCUUCCCUCUGUGGUUGAUUCUGCUGCCUCACUGCCACCUAGGAUUGACUGAAUAGUGUUUGUUGUUAGCCUCAAGGGCAACCUGCUAGCUUGAUUAUCACCUGUAAGUCGCUUUGGACAAAAGCGUCUGCUAAAUACAUAAACAUAAAGACGAUUGACAGCUUUACCUUCCGAUUCAACAAGGGCCAGAGUGGCGUGAGACAUGAUCCGACGAAAUGAACGGUUACGCACCAGCGACUGAAGAAGUACAAAGAAAAACUUUUUUUUGUGAAAAGAAAUUUUGAGGAAAGAUGGUUUCAUGAAGAGGUGGAGGAGAAUGGAGUACAUGUUACAAAGUCUCUGAAAUAAAGAAACAAAAUGUAAAUAGAAAAUAGUAAAACCACUAUUAGGGACCAGAGACAUAAUUGCAAUGGUGGCAGAACCCCUCACAAAAGCUCUACGCCCCUGUUGUCCUGGUGGGGAAUUGCUUUGCAACACUUCUCAGGUGAUGGAGAAGCCAGAAAUACAACGAUGGGUGUGAAAAACUGCACCCGAGCCACCGGAGACGUUUAAAUAGGCUUAACUCUGGUGUCAGCUGAGCAGAACCGGAGUUUGAGGGACACUGAGUGAGAGACAGGGAUCAGGAAGUGAACCCUGUGGUGAAGCAGCAGGUCACCCCUUAACGACCUUAUCACUCCGAUUAAGUGUGUGUGUGUGUGUGUGUGUGUGUGUGUGUGUGUGUGUGUGAGCACUGUAUUAUUGGUGGCAGCUUCAGGGUUUUGGGUUUGAGUGUUUGAGAGUGUGCCGAAUAUGUUUGUGAAGCAGGUGGGAUUCACUUGCUGGGUGGGAUGGUUUUGGAGGACCACUUACUCCUGUUCCGUCUGACAGAUAACUCUGGAGUGUGGCGCAGACAGCUGGAUGUUGAACUUCCUUUUCUCUGCCUUCUGCUGCUGGGAUUUGUAGUUUUUAGUUGUCUGAGCUGAUGGGGGAGGAGGCUGCUCUGCUCAGUCCCAGUCUAGGAAUUCAGCAGCAGCUGACCAGCUACAGAGAGACGGUGGUCCGACAGGCCUCUGCUGCAGCGGGCUCGGCGAUCCAUCGGGACGACGCACCAACCUGUGGAAUCUGUCACAAGACCAAGUUUGCAGAUGGCUGUGGGCAUCUGUGCUCCUACUGCCAGACCAAGUUCUGUGCUCGCUGUGGGGGGCGAGUGUCCCUGCGAUCGAACACGGAGGACAAAGUGGUGAUCUGGGUGUGUAAUAACUGUCGAAAGCAACAGGAGAUCCUGACCAAACCAGGUGACUGGUUCACCGGCCCCCAUGGAAAAAACUCUGGUCUUGGUUCUGCUGUCAGCGAGCCAUCUGUAUGCCAAGUGUCUGAGAACAAGAAGCUGAGAUCUCGCUCCCAAGCUCCCACUGGUUACACCGGUACAAUCAAAGAACCUGUUCGACUAGCGACCACAGCUGGAACAGAUGCUCGGUCCCUCAGUGAGCCACCAAAAGACCCAAGAAAUAUACAGGAAGGUGUGAGAGCAGGACGGGGGGAGCGGCAGCCAGGCCAGCCCAGGCUGCAGACCCAGGUCUCCAUGGAUCGGGACCUUCGAGGUGAGUCCAGGGAGCGCAGAGAAGGUCGAAAUCUGGCGAAGGGACGGUCUCUGGAACACGAUCCUGGGGGAGGUGCUGGAAGUAUCAGACAAGCAGAGGAGAGGGGUUACCACCACAUGAAUAGUGGCAGAACCGCCCCUCGACAAGCAGGAGUGUUGCCCCCUGGAGGAAGCAGCCUCCCUGUGCCCGCCCUGGGUUGUAGUGUGGGCUCAGGGGAAUUUGGAGAUGCUGCGCGACCUGGACAGAGGACGGUGGGUGGUGGGCCACGUGAGUGUACUGGUUUACAGCAAGCUCCUCCCCCUGACCUCAGAGAACCUCCUAGGUCAGCGCCUGGGUCUGUAACCAGUCAGGGACCUGGAGUGAAACGGACCAAGUGGGACAAAGCAGAGAGCAUGCUGCGCAAUGAUUCACUGAGUUCUGACCAGUCAGAAUCCCUGCGGCCACCUCCGCCAAGGCCGUACAAAUCAAAAAAGGGGCUGGGGCAGGGCAGGAGACAGACCAGCAUGAGCAGCUCUGAGGAUGAAGGGGGGACUACGCCUGAGUACAGCAGCUGUGAGGACGCCGAGAUCGAAAGUGUCAGUGAAAGAGGAGGAGACUGGGAGUGUUACCCACACGACCCCACUGGAUGGCACCAUCCUGUAACCUGGCAGCCUUCCAAGGAGGGAGACCAUCUGAUUGGACACAUCACUCUCAGUAAGAGGAGCACCACCAUACCUAAAGAGGCCGGUGCUUUGCUCGGGCUAAAGGUGGUGGGAGGCAGAGUCACUGAGUCAGGGAGAUUAGGUGCCUUCAUCACCAAAGUGAAGAAAGGAAGUCUGGCUGAAGUGGUGGGACAUCUCAGAGCAGGGGAUGAAGUUUUGCAAUGGAAUGGGAAGCUGUUGCCGGGCGCAACAAUGAAGGAAGUGUAUAACAUCAUCUUGGAGUCUCAGUCUGAGCCUCAGGUGGAGUUGGUGGUGUCCAGGCCAAUUGGUGAUAUCCCAAGAAUCCCCGAUACCUCCCACCCUCCAUUAGAAUCCACAGGCUCCAGUUCUUUUGAGUCCCAGAAGAUGGAGAGACCAUCUUUAAAUAUCCUGUCUCCCUCCUUUCCUGGUAUGCUCGAAGUUGCUCCACAGCCGAUGCCGGGCCGACUCUUAGUGAAACUUUGGUAUGACAAAGUGGGCCACCAGUUAAUUGUCAACGUGCUGCAGGCUGUGGAGCUACCUCUUCGGCCUGAUGGGCGUCCCAGAAGCCCCUACAUCAAAAUGUACUUCCUCCCAGAUCGCAGUGACAAAAGCAAACGAAGGACAAAAACAGUGAGGAAGACGUGUGAGCCCAAAUGGAAUCAGACAUUUGUCUACCCUCAUGUUCAUCGAAAGGAUUUCCGUAACCACAUGUUGGAGCUGACAGUAUGGGACAAACCCAGGUCUUCAGAGGAGGACAGCACCUUUAUGGGAGAG